AUUUUGAGUUUGGGAGCCAGCCACCACCGUCCCUCUGCUUCUUCUCUCAAAUACCCACUUUCUCCCCAUCGCCGCGCUGCAUUCGGCGAUAUCAGAUAUCCACUCUAUUUAUUUUUACCUAAGGAAAAACUCCGGCUCCCUUCCCACUGCCAGCUGCCUGGCCACCCCUCCCAGCCUCCGCUUGCCCUCCACCUGGCCUGCCGGGCAGUCGGAGCCCAGCAGAACCUGUUUAGACGCUCCGAGCCGCAACCCCGCCGCCACCAGGCACACACACAGGGGGCUCCUCGGUGCUCGGGGCUGCCAGCCCUUCCUGGAAGUCCCGAAGCUCUCUCGCAGUGCAGUGAGUUCAUGCGCCUUCUUGCCAAGCCUCAGUCUGCGGGAUCUGGGGAGGCUGUCUGCUCUGCCUCCCUCCUUCGGCACUGCGGAGGAGGCCGGGGUCUCUGCCUGGCCAGGUCCUGAAGCCUCCCCUGCCCCCCUCCCCCUGCUGGGCCUCUCUUCCCCAGCUCGCCCCUGAAGAUGCACUGGCAGAGGACUCUGGUGGUCUUGGUCCUGCUGAACUUUGCCACGGUCAGCCUCUCUCUGUCCACUUGCACCACCUUGGACUUCGGCCACAUCAAGAAGAAGAGGGUGGAAGCCAUUCGGGGACAGAUUUUGAGCAAGCUCCGGCUGACCAGUCCCCCUGAGCCAUCGCUGAUGACCGAUGUCCCCUACCAGGUGCUGGCCCUGUACAACAGCACCCGGGAGCUGCUGGAGGAGAUGCAGGGCGAGAGGGAGGAUGGCUGCACGCAGGAGAACACCGAGUCCGAGUACUACGCCAAGGAAAUCCAUAAGUUCGACAUGAUCCAGGGGCUGGCGGAGCACAAUGAGCUGGCUGUCUGCCCCAAGGGGAUCACCUCCAAGGUGUUCCGCUUCAAUGUGUCCUCGGUGGAGAAGAAUGGCACCAACCUGUUCCGAGCGGAAUUCCGGGUCUUGCGGGUCCCCAACCCCAGCUCCAAGCGCAACGAGCAGAGGAUUGAGCUCUUCCAGAUCCUCCGGCCAGAUGAGCACAUAGCCAAGCAGCGCUACAUCGGAGGCAAGAAUCUGCCCACGCGGGGCACGGCUGAGUGGCUGUCUUUCGACGUGACGGACACCGUGCGGGAGUGGCUGCUGCGCAGAGAGUCCAACCUGGGCCUGGAGAUCAGCAUCCACUGCCCGUGCCACACGUUUCAGCCCAACGGGGACAUCCUGGAGAACAUUCGCGAGGUGAUGGAGAUCAAGUUCAAAGGUGUGGACAGUGAGGACGACCAUGGCCGUGGCGAUCUGGGGCGCCUCAAGAAGCAGAAGGACCACCACAACCCUCACCUCAUCCUUAUGAUGAUUCCUCCGCACCGGCUCGACAACCCAGGCCAAGCGGGGCUGAGGAAGAAGCGUGCCCUGGACACCAAUUACUGCUUCCGCAACCUGGAGGAAAACUGCUGUGUGCGCCCGCUGUACAUUGACUUCCGGCAGGAUCUGGGUUGGAAAUGGGUCCACGAGCCGAAGGGUUACUACGCCAACUUCUGCUCUGGCCCCUGCCCGUACCUCCGAAGUGCAGACACGACCCACAGCACGGUGCUGGGACUGUACAACACCUUGAACCCCGAAGCGUCCGCCUCCCCGUGCUGUGUGCCCCAGGACCUGGAGCCCCUCACCAUCCUCUACUACGUCGGGAGGACCCCCAAAGUGGAACAGCUCUCGAACAUGGUGGUCAAGUCCUGUAAGUGCAGCUGAGCCCCCCGCUCGCCGCCGCCUGUGAGCGCGAGAGGAGAGAGCAGCACCCCCACCUCACCACCUGCUCCUCAGGACACCCGAAGCACCCCGUCUGUCGUCUGUCUCCCCUCGAAGCCUGGGGGGCCCCCUCUCCCCCACCGCUGCCGCAGUUCCAGGCGGAGGGCCGAGGGGGGGAGCUUCCCUGGGGGAACAUUUCUCUUUCUUGCUGGCUCCGAGCAAUCACUGUGGUAAAGGAAGUGUGGGUGUGGUUCGGGGGUGGGGAGGCAGGCACCGGAGGACGGGCAUGUGCUGUGCGGUAGACGGAGGUGGUGGGGAUGGACCGACGGAGAGGCCUGGCCAGGUGGCACGUCGAGUGGCGAUGGCAUGUGAGGCACCCGGGGGGAGGUGGCAGGGCAGGGAGAGGUCGUGCACGGGGCCGUGCUGGAAGAGUCCUCAGCCCGGAGGGCCACCUCGGCUCCCGGGGAACCUGGAGCACAGGCCCGUGAUUCGGGACCGAGUUUCAGGACUGUCUCGCACGCUGCCUGGGCCGGAGGACUCAUCUGUUCUCUGACAAACUGCCCUCUCGACGUCCCUCAGCGUCAAGGAUCAUGACGGGGAGAAGAUCCGGCUGGUGGGGUUCCCGACCUCGGGGGCUCUCGGAGGCACAGGGUGGGCGCACACCUUCUCCCGCUUGCCCUCUUUCUCUCCUGGACGUUUGUUUCGACACCUUCCGGGUCAGGGGGCGCGGCUGUGAGUGGGGGAGCUGCGCGCGGCUCUCCCCUCCCCCCUGCUGAGAGCCCGUGUUCUCCUGGCAUCCCUGGAAGCAGGUGCUACGACACGUGAGGCCUGCGGGAAAGCCGUGCCCGAGCCGGCACGGUGACCUGGCCCCGCGGUAGACUGAGCUAGAAAGACAAGUACAAAUAUUACUCUCCAAAAACACUUUGUAUAAAUAAAUAUUUUUUUUGGGGGCAUCUUGGAUCAUUUCAUCCUCUGGAAGAUUGUUGGUAGAACAGUAAAAGCCUUAUUUGAAA